ACUACCUUUUUUAAUAUUAUUGAGCAUCAUACUUCUACUGAAGUUCAAUACAAGAAUUUUGAUAAAAAAAUUAGAGCAGGUAUUAUUCGAAAAUUUAAGAAGAAUAACCCAACUUUUCCACCUUGUAUUGGAGAUUGGCCUUUAGUAUACCUUAUACGUCGCAAGAUAAAUAUAAAUCAUAGUAUUCAAUAA